AUGGGACCUACAACGUUCGAGCAGAAGCUGGCGCAUCUAAAGCGUGAAGCGGAGCACUAUGCCGACUAUUUGAGUGACGAAGAAGCAGAGGAUGAAGUGACAAUUAAAGCCAAUGAGGAAGAGGAUUUCUGCAACGACUUCAGUAUGGCCGUCGUAGUGGGCGGGUUACCCGUUGUUGACGAAUCUAAGCAUGGCAAGCUGCUGAAUGUAGUGAAGAAGAUUUUUGGACAAGUGGGUGCUGUGGUGGACAUUCACAUGCCCUUUGAUGAUAGCGGCAAAACCACUGGUUUUGCUUUCGUUGAGUACGAGCAGGAGGCGCACGCGAAAGACGCCGUGCGCACGAUCAACAACUUUGCGCUAGACAAACGCCAUACGAUGAUCGUAAACAAGUACGAGGACAUUGAACGGUAUGAGAAGACAACUACCGAGUUUGUGGCUCCUAAUGUGGAGAAAUUGGUAGAGCCCAAGAAUCUGCAGACGUGGCUCAUGGAUCCUGCACGUCGUGACAUGUUCGUGCUGCGUCACGGCUCAGAGACAGAAAUCUUUUGGAGUGAUAAAGGUGAGAUUGAAUUCGUUUAUGCUGGAGACCGUGAAAAAACAAACGGCAAACAGUGGUGUUCGCAGUACGUGCUGUGGUCCCCUCAGGGCACAUACCUGGCCACAUUCCAUCCGCAGGGUAUUGCUCUUUGGGGUGGUGACAAGUACGAGAAGGUUGGACGAUUUGCCCACAAGAACGUCACACGCGCUGUUUUCUCGCCUCAUGAAAACUACCUGAUUACAGUGAGCGAGACCGAGCAGGACUCGGCGAUCAUUAUCUGGGACGUUAAGACCAGCAAGAUGCUGCGUGCAUUCCCUGCUGGCAAGCCUACCGGUGCUAAGAACGAAGUGGUGCAGGGCCUCAUGACCCCAUUUAAGUGGAGCGCUGGCGACAAGUACGUGGCUCGCCGUGGCAAUGAUGUCAUCAGUAUCUACGAGCUGCCGUCCAUGAAGCUCCUCGAGAAAAAGUCACUGCGUGCCGAGGGUGUCCACGACUUUUUCUGGUCGCCAACUGACCUGAUACUGGCCUACUGGGCGCCGGAGGGAAACAAUGUGCCCGCCCGUGUGUCUCUAGUGGAGCUACCAUCCCGUCGCGAAGUGCGCCAGAAAAACUUGUUCAACGUCAGCGACUGCAAGCUGCACUGGCACCCGAAUGGCACGUUUUUGUGCGUCAAGGUUACUCGCCACUCCAAGUCGAAAAAGACUAUGUUCACGAACUUUGAGUUGUUCCGUUUGCAAGAGCAGCUGGUGCCCGUUGAGAUGCUGGAGAUCAAAGACAACAUCGUUGCGUUCGCGUGGGAGCCCAAGGGUACGCGUUUUGCCACUGUGCACGGCGAAGGCCAGCAACGCCUUAGCGUAUCGUUCUACGAUAUGGACGGUGAAAACAAGUCGACAAAGGAGGUGACGCUACUAUACACGCUUAAGGACAAGGCCUGCAGCCACCUUUAUUGGUCGCCGCUCGGAAACAACAUCGUGCUGGCUGGUCUUGGCGAGAUUAACGGCCAACUCGAAUUCUGGGACGCCACUGAACAGCAGAGCAUCACGGUGCAGGAACACUUCAAAUGCACGCACGUUGAGUGGGAUCCAUCUGGACGUGUAGUGGCGACGGCCGUGUGUCAGCCGCUGGACAACUCGUACUACAAGUUUACUAUGGACAAUGGCUACACGCUGUGGACGUUCCAGGGCAAGCAGCUCUUGGAGGAGAAAAAGGAAUCGUUCUAUCAAUUUCUGUGGCGUCCGCGCCCGCGCACGUUGCUAUCGGAUGCGGAGUACAAAAAGGUAGUGAAGAAUCUCAAGAAGUACGAGAAGCGGUUCGACCAGAUGGACCGCCUCAAGGAGCGCGAGCGCCAGGCCGCUAAAAAUGCGGAACGUAACCGCAAGGUGCAGGAGUUCCAGGAGCUGCUGCAGAGGCUCUUGGCCGCAGCCGCGGUACGCCGUGGCGAGUACAUUGCGCUGCUUGACGGCUACGACAGCGAGGACGAGAACGAGUACAUUGUGCAGAGUCACACGUACGAUGACGUGCUUGAGAGUAAGGAGGAAAUCAUGCGCAAGUAG